CCCUUCAAUCUCCAUUAACGAGUCCACCACGGCGAAAACUGAAUCUGAAAGCGACGUUACCUCUCAUUCCCUUCCGUUUUAUUUAUAUGAAUGAAUUUUUAAUUUUCUCGGGAAACAAACAGAGGCGGUUAGAUUUAGGGCAUUUGACAGUGAUACGUGGCGUAGUCCAAUAGUUUAUCGUAUCAAAGUUGAUGAAAGAAACACACAGACACAGUGCAAGCAAGCUCUAAUUUACUCUUUCAGCUUUUUUUUUUUUUUUAAGCUAAUCUACUACCUAUUCGCAGCUUCAGGAGUCUUUUCUGUGCAGGCUUUAACAACUAUAUACAAGUCGUUGUGGAUAGGUGGUCUCAAUGGCUGCUUCGGAGGAGAAUAGUUCAUUGUUCCCAAUUUUCAUUUUGACAAUAAUGGCCAUUCCAUUGGUGCCUUAUACAAUUCUCAAGUUAUGCCGGGCUGCCUCAACAAAAACAAAGAGCAUACACUGCAAGUGCUCUGAAUGCACUCGUUCAGGGAAGUACCGCAAAUCAAUAUUUAAGCGAAUUUCCAACUUCUCAACAUAUAGUAACUUGACUCUAAUACUACUUUGGGUUGUCAUGAUUGUCCUGGUUUAUUACAUUAAAAAUAUGAGUCGUGAGAUUCAAGUUUUUGAGCCAUUUAGUAUUCUUGGAUUAGAACCUGGAGCUUCAGAUGUGGAUAUAAAGAAAGCAUAUAGAAGGCUAUCUGUUCAAUACCAUCCUGAUAAAAACCCAGAUCCAGAGGCCCACAAGUAUUUUGUGGAGUUUAUUUCAAAGGCUUAUCAGGCUCUGACAGAUCCAAUAUCACGUGAGAAUUUUGAGAAAUAUGGCCAUCCAGAUGGCAGACAGGGGUUUCAAAUGGGUAUAGCUCUUCCUCAAUUCUUGCUAGACAUUGAUGGGGCAUCCGGUGGAAUACUUCUCCUUUGGAUAGUUGGUGUUUGUAUUCUCUUGCCUUUGGUGGUAGCUGUUGUAUAUCUCUCGAGGUCAUCAAAAUAUACAGGAAAUUAUGUGAUGCAUCAAACGCUCUCGGCUUAUUAUUUCUAUAUGAAACCUUCUUUGGCCCCAAGCAAAGUCAUGGAUGUCUUUGUGAAGGCUGCUGAGUACAUGGAAAUUCCAGUUCGUAGGACUGAUACUGAGCCCCUUCAAAAGCUUUUUAUGUUGGUUAGAAGUGAGUUGAAUCUUGACCUUAAAAACAUUAAGCAAGAGCAAACAAAGUUUUGGAAGCAGCAUCCAGCACUAGUUAAGACAGAAUUGUUGAUUCAGGCUCAAUUAACUCGUGAAUCAGCAGCCUUGCAAGAAUCAACCUUGCAAGGUGAUUUCAGACGGGUGCUGGAACUUGCACCCCGCCUUUUGGAAGAAUUAAUGAAGAUGGCAGUUAUACCACGCAAUACUCAGGGGCAUGGAUGGCUGAGGCCUGCAAUUGGGGUAGUUGAGCUUUCUCAGUGUAUCAUUCAGGCUGUCCCUCUUAGUGCAAGGAAGUCAAUUGGAGGAUCUGCUGAAGGCAUUGCACCCUUUUUGCAGCUGCCACAUUUCACUGAGGCUGUUAUAAAAAAGAUAGCCCGCAAGAAGGUGAGAACGUUUCAGGACCUUCAGGAAAUGAGCUUGGAAGAGCGCUCUGAGCUGCUUGCUCAGGUAGCUGGAUUCUCACCUGCUGAAGUACAAGAUGUUGAAAUGGUGCUGGAAAUGAUGCCUUCUAUAACAGUUGAGGUUACAUGUGAGACUGAAGGUGAAGAGGGUAUACAAGAGGGUGACAUUGUCACAGUCCACGCUUGGGUAACACUCAAACGUGCCAACGGCCUGAUAGGUGCCCUUCCUCAUGCCCCUUAUUACCCAUUUCACAAGGAAGAAAACUACUGGUUUUUCCUUGCAGACCCUGUUUCAAAUAAUGUGUGGUUUUCCCAGAAGGUUAGUUUCAUGGAUGAAGCUGCAGCAAUAACUGCCGCUUCGAAGUCAAUUGAGGAGACAAUGGAGGGAUCAGGAGCAACUGUAAAGGAGACCAGUGUGGCUGUUAGAGAAGCAAUUGAGAAGGUGAAGGGUGGGUCUAGACUGGUGAUGGGCAAGUUGCAAGCCCCUGCAGAGGGGAAUUACAACUUGACUAGUUAUAUUUUGUGUGACUCUUGGAUAGGCUGCGACAGAAAGACAAACUUGAAAGUGAAAAUUUUGAAACGGACCAGGGCUGGCUCCCGAGGUGGCGUUAUUGCAGAAGAGGGACCCAUUACGGAGGAUGGAGUUGAAGAUGAAGAGGAGAAUGAAGAAGAGGAAUAUGAUGAUUAUGAGAGUGAAUACAGUGAAGAUGAGGCAGCUGAACAAGAUGUUAAAAAGAAAGGCCCUGCUGCCAAUGGCACCGUCCAUAAACAAGAUUCAAGCUCAGAAGGUUCAGCCACAGACGAAGAGUGAACACAAUUCUAUUUAUUAAUGAUGAAACAAUAAAGUUUUUUGUUUUUCACCACUUUGAUUGGUGGAAGAACUUUACAACAAUCACAGUGAUAGUCAUUUAUUUGCCUCCUAGUUUUGCGAAUUUUCAUCUGAAUAUAUUAAGAGGAUUCAGAAAGUUAGUUA